CAGCCCCCUUUUCGAGACUUACUUGGCGCGCCUGGAGAGUCAGAUUGGGCGCCAGGAGGCGGAAAUACGUAAGGGCGGGUUCCGGUGACCGCGCAGACGUCGAAGGCGGCCGAAUGGAGGAGGUGCCUCAGGGCUGUCCCGGGACCGGCAGCGCCCAGGCGGGCCGAGGGGCCUCAUGUCAGGGCUGCCCCAACCAGCGGCUCUGCGCUUCCGGAGCCGGCGCGGCUCCCGACCCAGCCAUAGAAGAAAUCAAAGAAAAAAUGAAGACCGUGAAACACAAGAUCUUGGUGUUAUCUGGGAAAGGUGGUGUUGGAAAAAGCACAUUCAGUGCCCACCUUGCCCACGGCCUAGCAGAGGAUGAAAACACGCAGGUUGCUCUUCUGGACAUUGAUAUAUGUGGGCCAUCGAUUCCCAAGAUAAUGGGCUUGGAAGGAGAACAGGUUCACCAGAGCGGCUCGGGCUGGUCUCCAGUGUUCGUGGAAGACAAUCUGGGGGUGAUGUCGGUUGGUUUCUUGCUCAGCAGUCCUGAUGAUGCCGUUAUCUGGAGGGGACCAAAGAAAAAUGGCAUGAUCAAGCAGUUCCUUCGUGACGUGGACUGGGGAGAGGUUGACUACCUCAUCGUGGACACUCCUCCUGGCACGUCGGAUGAACAUCUCUCGGCUGUCCAGUACCUGUCGUCGACACACAUCGAUGGGGCGGUGAUCAUCACCACUCCCCAGGAGGUGUCCCUCCAAGAUGUCCGGAAAGAAAUCAACUUCUGCCACAAGGUGAAGCUGCCCAUCAUCGGAGUGGUGGAGAACAUGAGUGGCUUCAUCUGCCCCAAGUGCAAGAAGGAAUCUCAGAUAUUCCCACCAACGACAGGGGGUGCAGAAGUCAUGUGCCAGAAUCUGAAGAUCCCGCUCCUUGGAAAAGUGCCUCUGGAUCCACACAUAGGUAAGAGUUGCGAUAAAGGACAGUCUUUUCUGAUUGACGCUCCGGAUUCCCCAGCCACUUUAGCCUACAGAAGUAUCAUUCAAAGAAUCCAGGAGUUCUGUGGUCGCCAUCUGCCAGAAGAAGGGCACCUCAUCAGUUCCUGAAACAUGAGAGUGUUCAGGACACGAGCCGACCCCGCAGCCCGGCCCAAGCAGCCUGGGGACACGGGCAGAAAGGGACCAGACGCUGGUAGGGCGUGAAGUCACUUUUUCAGAGACGCUUUAAUUGUCGUGUUCAUACACUGUCAGCAUACAUAAAGGCAAGAAUAAAAACGUCUCGGGCCUCUCCCCUGAGGCCUACUUCCGGCAGGAAACCAACGGCUUAUUGGUCAGGGAAUUCUUCUCUGCUGAAGCUUAUUUAAGAACAGAACCUCUUGCUUCAGCCACUGCAGGCUCAGAAGAGAAGCCUAAAAAAGAACCAGAGGGAUGGAUGUGUGGCUUCAUUGCAAAAUCCAGUCAUGGUUUUAAAUAACAGUCCAAACGCCAUUGCUUCAGAUUGAGAGGAAAAGUGAAAAUAGUCCCAAAAAGCCCAUAAAUCACCCAUGUAAACAGAACGGGGGUCUGUGCCCCGUGCAGUAAUAUAUGUGCAAUGUCCAGUAAUUUCCAGUGUCCUCCAAGACCAUUUAUGGGGUAUUUUUUUUUUUUUUUAAUUACGUAAAAGUGAAGUAAAUUCUAGAAUUCUCCUCAUUGCCGGGAGAUGUGCAGGAACUGGCACCAAUGAGGGAAGAGGUGAUUCCCAAGUUCCAGCUCCCUCUGGGCAGCUGUGGAGAGUUGGGCAAAUCCCGUUGUUCUCUCCCCCCAUUCCUGCCCCGUCCCUCGUGCCUGCACACAGGGUGGAGUUUGCACCCCUUCCACGUGAGCCAAGGGAGGGGGCCAUGGAGCCCUGGGAUGACCCCCUACCCUGGCUGGCUCCCACCUCGAUCUCACCUCUUACCUAAUGCUUGUGAAUCUCCAGCCCCUCCAGGCCAGGCUUCUGGAAGUCACCCGGGCCAGCCUGCAAGAAGAUAAGUCCACUGUGGCUUUGUCCCCACACAUGAGGGGCCUGAUUCUGCUGAUUCAAGAGCCAGAGCAAACCCACAACAUAACCAAAAACCUGCAGGGCUCAUUGCUCAAUCAAGGUCUUGGCAGAAAGCAGCACUGUUCAAAUUUUAAGAUGGGUCAAACCAUUUUAAGAGGAGCUGGUCAAAUUUAAAAGAUCUUAUGCUUCUAGAAAUAUAUGCUAGGUUAAAAUUGUGUGUGUGUGGUACUUAAUCCUGUAGUUUUAAAAUCACUUAAAGCUAAUAGUGGCAGUCACAAAAGGACCAGUACUGCAGGAUUUGACUUCCGUGAAGUUCCCAAAGGAGUCAGGUUCAGAGAGCCAAAUAGAUGGUGGGAGGGGAGGCUGGGACUUACUGUGUCAUGGGGACAGAACCUCAGUUUGGGGAGAUGAGAAAGUUCUGGAGAUGGAUGGUGGUGAUGGCUGCAUGACAGUGCGAAUAUACUUACCACCACUGAUCUGUA